UGAGUGUUGAUUUCAUUUUAACUUGAUCCUCACUGGUUCAAAUUUAUAUUAUUCUCGUCCUUGAGAAAUUAUUUAUUCGCCAAUAGUAUCUGUCUGGUAGUGAGAUUAAUGAUUUCAGGGGAUAUUUGGAGCUAGCAGUCCUGUCAGAAACAGUCACAACGGUAGGUAGACCAAGUGGGGUAAAAUCGCAUCGGAGAGAUUCCGUCGGUUCAUUCCGACUCAUCCACCUACCCCAGGGUCCAAUUAUUAUUACUCUUCUCUGUGACGCAUCAGAGGAGAAGCUAGUUGAUACUUUCUUCUUCUUUUAUUUCCUUGUCAACUGAGUGGUUUAUAAAAAAAAAAAAGCCCGCCCAUGGCACCGCAUUUUACAUCCUCUGCCAACGAUAUUUCUUCAUCCUCAUCUUCUGCUCAGUCUCGUCUCGCCAACAUCUCAGCCCACAUGUCGCCCUCGACGCAGUCCUCCGUCUUCACCCAAGAUGUCGUGCCUCAGGCACCCGAAGACCCGCUCUUCGGCCUGAUGGCUGCCUUUCGACGGGACACUUCUCCAAACAAGGUCGAUCUCGGUGUCGGUGCAUACCGCGACGACAAUGCAAAGCCAUGGGUCUUGCCCGUGGUGAAGAUGGCUGAAGAGAAGCUCCGCAAGGACCCUCAAUUAAACCACGAGUACCUUCCCAUUGCUGGUCUCGCCGACUUCACCUCCGCUGCGGCGAAGCUCAUUCUGGGCGGUGACAGCCCCGCCAUCAAGGAAAACAGAGUCGCCAGCUUCCAAACCAUCUCCGGCACCGGCGCUGUGCACCUCGGUGCUCUAUUCCUUGCCAAAUUCUACCCCCGCACCGCCAACCAGCCCGUCUACUUUUCCGCUCCGACAUGGGUCAACCACCACCAAAUCUUCGGUAACGUGGGCCUGCCCGUGCAAACGUAUCCGUACUUCUCGUCCUCGACCAAAGGUCUCGACUUCACCGGCAUGAUCAAGGGCAUCGAGGCCGCACCCGAAGGCAGCAUCAUUCUGCUGCACGCAUGCGCGCACAACCCCACCGGCGUGGACCCUACGGCAGAGCAAUGGAAAGAGAUCGCCGCUGUGAUCCGGUCGAAGAACCACUUCCCCUUUUUCGACUGCGCCUAUCAGGGCUUCGCCUCGGGCGAUCUGAAACGCGACGCCUGGGCCGUCCAAUACUUUAUCGAGCAAGGCUUUGAGCUUGUUGUCGCGCAGUCGUUUGCCAAGAACUUUGGUCUGUACGGCGAACGCACAGGAUGCUUCCACUACGUUGCUGCUCCCAGCGGCGCCGAGGCCUCGUCCACCGCCACCCGCGUUGCCUCCCAGCUCGCCAUCUUGCAGCGUUCCGAAAUCAGUAACCCUCCUGCAUACGGCGCGCGCAUCGCCUCUGCCGUGCUCAACGAUCCCGCCCUCUUCGCCGAGUGGGAGGGAAAUCUCCGCACGAUGAGCGGCCGCAUCAUCACCAUGCGCAAAGCUCUCAGACAGAACCUCGAAAACAUGGGCACCCCGGGCACCUGGAACCAUAUCACGGACCAGAUUGGCAUGUUCAGCUUCACUGGUCUGACCGAGUCCCAGGUCAUGAAGCUCCGCGAGGAUCACAUUUAUCUGACAAAGAAUGGACGCAUUUCAAUGGCCGGUCUUAACACGAAAAACAUUGAAUACUUUUCAAAAUGCGUCGACAAGGCUGUCCGGGAAUCUUAGAGAGAUUUUUUUAUCUCCUUUUUCAUUUUAUUUCUCUCUCCGUUGAACCUUUUUCGCUUUUCUUUUUCGAGCUCUUACAAUACAUUCCAUAACAUGCUAGCUUAGCUUGUUUACGUCUUAUGCCAUCCAUCCAUUGACAUCAUGCCACCCAGUUUCCGGCCUCUGCAACCAUUUUCCUUUUUAAAAAAAAUGUAUACACCUGAGAAGCAAAUAUAAAAUAGGUAGAACUUUACGGAAAUGACAAUGAUAGUUAAC